ACCUGUUAGGAGUGCGCUGGGCUGCAGGUGGAUAGAGCCGCCCUGGAGAAGCGCCGCAGGCAAGGCUGGCUGAUGGAAGUGACCGACAGCUUGGACCGCUGCAUCGAGAGACUCAGGGAAGCAAGGACCAGGAAGGAGGUGCUCAGCCUUGGUUACCACGGCAACGUGGUGGCGCUUUGGGAGCACCUGGUGCACGUGUUGGACACCACGGGGGAGCUCCUGGUGGACCUCGGGUCGGACCAGACCUCCUGCCACAACCCGUUCAACGGCGGCUACUACCCCGUCCAGCUCGGCUUCUCGGAGGCCCAGAGCCUCAUGGCCUCCGACCCGGCCGCGUUCCAGCGCCUGGUCCAGGAAAGUCUGCGGAGGCAGGUCGCAGCCAUCAACAGGCUGGCCAAGGAGAACUUCUUCUUUUGGGACUACGGCAAUGCCUUCCUCUUGGAGGCCCAGAGAGCAGGUGGGUGAGAGGAGGACGGGUGGGCCGGGGGCCCCAGGCAGGGUCUCCCCAGCCCUGCCCCCUCCCCGGAGAUGGCCCCAGCCGGCAUGGCGUGCACAGG